UCCGGGCAUUCUGGGAGUUGUAGUUUUGCCAACGCUGCAGGCUCCCUGGUUGGGAAACACUGACAUAAAAAGUAGUGGAAUAGAUAGAUUGGUAGAUGGAAAGAUAUGAGAGAUAGAUAGAUGGAAGAAUACAUAGAUAUUGGUUAAAUAGGUUAAUGGAAAGAUAAAUAGAUACUAGAUGUGGUGUGAAAAAAGGUUAACAUUUUCCCUUAAAAAAUAUUUCUUUAUCACAUUCCGUAUGAAUACGUUUCUAAAUGAAACAUGACUGAACUAUCACGGUGGUAGCUUGGUUGUAGUAAGCAAAUAAAAAGUAUAAAUGUAAAGCAUAUAGGGGAAGAUGUAGUAAAACAAGUGCUGCCGUUGCCCAUGGAAACCAAUCUGAUUGCUCCUUUCCAUUUUAAAAAAACCUCUGAAAGAUAAUAGAAGCAAUUUAAUUGGUUGUCCCACUUUUCCUCUGCAUCAGUUUUGGCUUCUCCUCCAUACUGUAUUAUUGUGUUAAGUUCAAUGACACAAUAACAUUUUUAUUUCUCUAUUUUUGGUGUUUUCUGGUCUGGAACCAAUAGCUUUCUUAUUCGGUAUGAAGAGAAAAUAAGCUUAUAAGAUCAAGGCCGUUGUGUCCCUUAUGUGGCUCAGAGUUCUCCCUCUAUUUGCACAAAUUCUAAAUUUUUCUUACCACAAUUCUGAACAAUUGGGGACUGUUUUGAAGAACUUCAACUUACAAUACCCAGCAAUAACAUAUCUUCACAGUAUCGGGAAGUCAGUGGAAGGUAGAGAUCUUUGGGUUUUAGUCGUGGGAAAAUACCCAAACAUGCACACCGUUGGAAUUCCAGAGUUUAAGUAUGUUGCAAAUAUGCAUGGGAAUGAGGCAGUGGGGAGAGAAGUUAUGCUCCAUUUUAUUGAGUACCUACUAAUAAAUUAUCAAAAGGAUGCAAAUAUUACACAAUUGAUAACCAAUACCAGAAUACAUAUUAUGCCUUCAAUGAACCCAGAUGGCUUUGAAAGGUCAUCGGUUCUGGAUUGUGACUCUGUUAACGGCAGGUACAAUAGAAAUGGCUAUGAUCUAAACAGGAAUUUUCCUGAUGCAUUUGAGGAGAACACUGAUCCAAUCCAGCCAGAAACACAGGCAGUUAUGGAUUGGAUUAAAAGUGAACAUUUUGUGCUUUCUGCUAAUUUCCAUGGUGGUGCUAUGGUUGCCAGCUACCCAUAUGAUAACUCGUAUAACACACCCCCAGACAAUGAUGUAUUGACGUACAUAGCGGGAUUAUAUUCUAAUAAUAAUGCCAAAAUGUCCAGUGCCAAUUCUUGUCCUGACUCACUUGGUUUUACUAAUGGUAUUACAAAUGGUGCUGUUUGGUACAAAAUAAAAGGUGGCAUGCAAGAUUACAACUACAUCUUCAACCAGUGUUUGGAAAUUACUCUUGAGAUUUCAUGCUGUAAAUAUCCAGACUCAUCCACACUUCAGGGGUUUUGGAAUGACAACAGAGUGUCUCUCAUUGAGUACAUGAAGCAGGUCCAUAUGGGAAUAAAAGGACAAGUGUUUGAUAUGAACGGAGUGCCCAUCCAAUAUGCUCUAGUUGAUGUCCUGGAAAGACAACGUAUAUGCCCUUAUCAUACAGAUAAAAAUGGAGAGUAUUACCUUUUGCUUCGUCCAGGAACAUACACAUUCAAUGUAACAGUGAUAAACAAAUCAAUUUUUAAGACUAUAACUAUACCAGAAAGCUCAAACCUGUCUGCGAUGAUCUAUAAUUUCCAGUUCAGUGAAAAGACAAGCAGUCCUACGCCAACAUCAUCAGUCUGUUUCACAACUGAAGGCACUAACAGUAGCAGCGCAUUACAAGUAUGCCUGUUGACAAUCUUAUUGAGAACUGUGUUGGUGCUAUUACAUAACACACUUUAAGAUGCCAACUAGAUUCUGGAAAAGAUGCCUGGAUGAGAAAGUUUUGAAUGUGUUGUAAUGGACUCCAUAAAUUACAAAUGUCAGACAUGCCAUAUACACUAACACAAUACCAUGGUGCAAAUAUUUUUAUUCUGCAUAAAA